AUGAAUGGCACUGGCAUGGAGGAAAUACCGUUUCAGAAAGUCAAAACCAGGCGGAAGAGAGGUCACUGCCCACCGAGUGUCCCCCUGACCACCAUCGCAUGCGAGGACGAGUUCGACUGCAAGGAGCUGGAGUCCCUCUUCCAGAACUACAACCUGAAGCUGGAGCAGACGUCCACCCUCAAAGCGCUGGCCGUGCUCAUCUUCCUGUCCUCCGCACUGGCCGUGGUGGAGUUGCUGUCCGGCCCCAGCCUCACCAUCUCCAAGGGGUCCCAUCCGGUGCACUGUGUCAUCUUCGUCUCCCUGUUCAUCGUAACCAACGUCAAGUACCUGCAGGUGACUCAGCUGCAGCAGAUCGUCAACCUGACGCUGCUCUUCGGCUUCACCUUCUCCUUCCUCUGCUGCCCCUUCUCCCUGGGCGCGAUGGGGAUGGAGCCGCCGACGUCCCCGGAGCAGGGCAUGUGGCAGCUCAUCCUGGUCACCUUCGUCGCCUACGCGCUCCUACCUGUGCGCACGCUCCUGGCCGUGGUGUUCGGAAUAAUGGUCUCCAUCUCGCACUUGAUUGUGACGGCCACUUCUGUCACCGUGAAGACGCAGCGGCUCUGGAGAACGUUGGUUGCCAACACAGUCCUCUUCACCAGUGUCAACCUGUCAGGGCUGUUUGUGCGCAUCCUGACAGAGCGAGCCCAGAGGAAGGACUUCCUUCAGGCUCGCAACUGCAUCGAGGAGAAGCUCCAAAUGGAGGACGAGAACGAGAAGCAGGAGCGCUUGCUAAUGAGUCUGUUGCCCAGGAACGUAGCUAUGGAGAUGAAAGAGGAUUUCCUGAAGCCCCCGGAAAGGAUCUUUCACAAAAUCUACAUCCAGCGCCACGACAACGUCAGCAUCCUGUUUGCAGAUAUAGUCGGUUUCACCAGUCUGGCCUCGCAGUGCACAGCCCAGGAACUGGUGAAACUGCUAAAUGAGCUGUUUGGGAAGUUUGAUGAGCUUGCCACGGAGAAUCACUGCCGCAGGAUUAAGAUCUUGGGUGACUGUUACUACUGUGUGUCUGGACUGACCCAGCCCAAGACCGACCACGCCCACUGCUGUGUGGAAAUGGGUCUGGACAUGAUUGACACCAUAACGUCAGUGGCAGAGGCCACAGAGGUCAACCUGAACAUGCGCGUGGGCUUGCAUACAGGUCGGGUGCUCUGUGGAGUGCUGGGCCUCAGGAAAUGGCAGUAUGAUGUCUGGUCCAAUGAUGUGACCCUGGCCAACGUGAUGGAGGCUGGGGGACUACCUGGGAAAGUCCAUAUCACCAAAUCUACACUUGAGUGCCUGAAUGGAGACUAUGAGGUGGAGCCUGGAAACGGCCACGAAAGGAACCCCUUCCUCCUGAAACAUGAAAUUGAAACCUUCUUUAUUGUGCCAUCUCACCGACGGAAGAUAUUCCCAGGAUUGAUUCUUUCGGAUAUAAAGCCCGCCAAAAAGAUGAAGUUCAAAACUGUGUGCUACUUACUAGUGCAGCUUAUGCACUGCAGGAAGAUGUUCAAGGCUGAGAUUCCCUUCUCCAAUGUGAUGAACUGCGAGGACGGCGAUAAGCGGAGGGCCAUGAGGACGGCGCCGCAGAAGCUGAGGAACCGUCCCAACGCCAACCAGGCCACCGUGGUCCAGAGCAGCCCCAGAACGCGGGUCAACCGCUACAUCGGGCGGCUGAUCGAGGCCCGGCAGACCGAGUCGGACACGGCGGACCUCAACGUCCUCACGCUCAUGUACAAGUGCUCCGAGCGUGAGCAGAGGUACCACCAGGUCCCGGAUGAGUACUUCACCAGCGCAGUGGUCGUCUCUCUGGUCCUCGCUGCCUUGUUUGGCCUUGUCUACCUUCUCAUCAUACCACAGGGCACAGUGAUACUUGUCCUUCUUGUCUUCUGCAUCUGUUUCCUAGUAGCUUGUAUCAUGUACCUGCACAUCACUAGAAUACAGUGUUUUCCAGGGUGCCUGACCAUUCAGAUUCGCACUGCCCUCUGUAUUCUCAUCGUGGUCUUAAUCUACGCUGUGGCCCAGGCCUGUGUGGUGGGCUGUAUGCCCUGGCUGUGGGGCAGUGCCAACACCAACAGCUCCAUCCUCAUCAUCGAUGGCAUCAGCGGCGCCAACCACACCAUGGUGGAGCUGCCUUGCGAGGGUGCCCGCUACGCCUUCCUCUCCUGCGUGGUGGGCACCCUCACGCUGGCGCUUUUCCUGCGGGUCUCCUGGCUGCCAAAGGUGGCGCUAAUGCUCCUCCUCGGGGUGCUGUAUAUCACAGUGUUGGAGCUCAGUGGCUUUCGCGGGAAAGAAGGUGGGGGGUCCUUCCACAUCCGGGGCUAUGAGCCCAUCCUGUCUCUGUUGCUCUUUGUCAGUGCCCUGGCCCUCCACUCCAGGCAACUCGACCUCAAACUGCGCCUGGACUUCCUAUGGGCUGUGCAGGCGGAGGAGGAGAGAGAUGGCAUGGAGAAAGUCAAGCUGGACAACAGGCGGAUUCUCUUCAACCUCCUGCCCGCGCACGUGGCUCAGCACUUCCUGCUGUCAAACCCCAGGAACAUGGUGAGCCUCGCUAGUAGACAGGCAGGCAGACAAACAGAGAACCAGGAUCUGUACUAUCAGUCCUACGCACAAGUGGGCGUUCUGUUUGUCUCCAUCCCAAACUUCAACGAUUUCUACAUCGAGCUGGACGGAAACAACAUGGGAGUGGAGUGCCUCAGACUCCUGAAUGAGAUCAUUGCAGAUUUUGACGAGCUCAUGGACAAGGAGUGCUACAAAGACAUAGAGAAAAUCAAAACCAUUGGCAGCACAUACAUGGCAGCUGUGGGCCUUGUCCCCACCAUUGGUACCAAGGCCAAAAAAUCUGUUUACGACCAUCUCAGCACAAUAGCAGACUACGCCAUUGAGAUGUUUGAUGUCUUGGAUGAAAUCAACUACCAGUCAUACAAUGAGUUUGUCCUGAGAGUGGGAAUCAAUGUUGGCCCAGUGGUCGCUGGUGUGAUCGGGGCACGGCGACCUCAGUACGACAUCUGGGGGAACACGGUGAAUGUGGCCAGUCGCAUGGACAGCACCGGAGUACCGGGGAAGAUACAGGUGACAGAGGAGGUCUAUCGCCUGCUGAACAACAACUACGACCUGGUGUGCCGCGGCAAAGUCAGCGUUAAGGGCAAAGGUGAGAUGCUGACCUACUUCCUGGAGGGGAAAGUUCAGGGUGUGGGCACCGCCACCGUCUCUUCAGUGAUGCGCUCCGCCAGCUUGGCUCGUCGCAUCCACUCCUGUGGGAAGACGAGCGUCCCGACCAAUCUGGGCAGCAUCUCCACCGCCAGCCUGGCCGCUCACGCUGGCGUGGGCAGCAGCAGCGUCCAAAUGAACGCCGCCAACAGCAGCAUCAGCCAAGUGACUUGUCUCCCCUCCUCCAGCGUGCCUGCAGUGGGCGAGGAGGACGAGGAGGACAUUGAGGUGACGGAGAUUAAGAUCAAGGCUGUGGCCGCCGCUGCAGAUGUGUAGGGAAGAAAAACAGGGACUGUAAACCGAGCAGGAAAAAAAGGGAAAGAAAACCCUGGCUGGAGGCCGAGAGACGACGGGGCUGUUCAGGUAUUUCCUUUAAAUCCAGAGCCACUGGCAAAACCCAGAAUACGCUCAUUCAGGAUAUGAACUUUCAGAGAGAUGACGUGGUGAUACAGACAAUCAUACUCGCCUUUAGGGAAGACAAACGGGGAGUGAAAGAGAAAGAUGCCCACAAUCUCUAAUCGUCUUUUUAACAUUUCUAUACCAGAUAAAUAGAUGUGUGGUGUCGCUGGGUUCCCUCAGAUCCAGGUAUAAUGUGCAUCUUCAUUUUAUAUAUUUAUAUUCUAUAUAUUCCAUGUGCAGGGGAUAUGUGCAUUGAUAUCCUGAAAAAAAAAAAAAGACUGAUCAUGCUAUUUGCUUUUGCACUGUCUUUCUGAUUAUGCCAAGGAUACAUUGCGUUAAUUAAGGUGUAAAAUUGUGUGGUUUUUUUCACGGUGGGUGUAAGCAUGCAUGUGUGUUCCUGUGAGCGUGUGUGUAUGCAUGUGUGGUUUAAUUCAGAAUUGUAACGAAACAGCACAAAGUACUUUUUUUUCUACUCUGAGCUCCUUGGAUGAAACAGGCUUUCUCCCCCCCCCCCCCGAGACAUCUUCCCCGUUAAUAGUGCAUGACUUGUUAAAGUUGACAGCCAUAGUGACUCCAAGUUGAAAGAAAACCAAAGUAACUGAGCUUUCAAAGAUCUUUAUUUUUUCACCCCUUUACAUUGCCUCACCAUCAGAGAGAAGAGGGAAGAUUCGGGCAGUAGGUUGAACAUGUUCUGCACGUUGCUCUUUUAGACGCCAUCGGAGUCUCUAGUUGUCUUUUUCUUAACCCAGUAUAAGGUUUCAGAGAACACUUGAUGGUCUCACUUUGCCCUGAUUCACAGACAGUGGUGGCUUUGAUAGUGAAGAGGCAGCAAAGGUCAAAGGUCAGUGUGAAAACCUAAAACGAUAUUUGACUAUUUGGACGACUAGAUGGACGAAAGCUGAUAUGCACAGACUGGACCAGUGGCAUAGGAUUGAUGAGGAUCAAUAUAUGUCUAUGUAUAAUGUGCAUUUAUCCACACAGAAGAGAGCACAUCCAUUACUUGAGCGCACACACACACGCACACUCACACAUUAAGCACACAACCUCCUGAAAUGCACACCCUCGUCCUUCACUCACGGCCUCUAGACACGAUUUAUGUACAUUCACAUAUUCCUCCCCCUCAGCGGUGUCCGGCUGCCUUCGUCUUUCAGGCAAACGUAACCUCCCCCCCGGCUUUUUGCUACAAUCAAACUGAACAGCUACAAGCUUUAGCGCCUCUCUCUUUCAGAUACAGCCUCAGAAAACGAGGGGCUCUUCAGAUAUCCUCUUUAUCAACGUAUAUAUACAUUAAAAUAUAUAUAUAUAUAUAUAUAUAAAUAUAUGAAACUUUGACUUGAUCUGCAAAAGUGUACAUACACAAUGUUUCAAGUUUUCUGCCUUACUCAAUAAGCUUACCGUGAUUGCAACCUGCCUUUUUAGAUAUAUUCACUUUGAUAUGCAGAUCAUACUUUUUUUGUAAAUAGCAAAGAAGCUGUAAACUAUGUUGUAUCUUGUACAGUUUGAAGUUGGGUUAUUGAAUAUUUUGUAAUAAAGACAAUAUUGGUGUAUAAGA